CAGCCCAGGGCCACAGCAGGCUCCUCCCGCCCUAGCGGGCGCGGCUCCCGCCGCCACCGCCUCGCGGCACCCCCCGCCGGGGCCUCCGCCCGCGUCGGGCGGGAUGCGGGGCGCUCGCAAGCGGCUGUGCUCCGCCUUGAUCGUCGCUUACGGCCUCUUCUCCCUCUACGCGGCCUACACCGUCUUCCUUCGGCCCCGCCGCCCGUCCGCCCCCCGCCCGUCGCACCGGGACCGGCGCGGCCCGCGAGAUAAUGUUGCCGUGGGAAAUGAAGAGUGGAAUCCAUGGGAAGUGGACGAGAAAAAUGAACUCAUUGCUUCUCAGCAGAGAUACAAAGCUAAUCUUAAGAUGAUAAAAAAUGCAAGAUCUCACCUAGAACAAACCAGUCUUAAAGUACAGAUUUGGGGCAAAGCAGCAAUUGGUCUUUACCUUUGGCAGCAUAUUUUUGAAGGGCAACUUGAGCCAGCUGAUGUGACUGCACAGUGGAGAGAAGGAAGCCAAAAGGCAGGAAAAACAUAUUUCAGCUUCAUCACUGGUCCGUCGGUGGUUCCUGGCUACUUCUCGGUUGAAGCUGAAAACGUUGUGCUAGUUCUGAAUGGAAGAGAAGCCGCGAAGAUCGCUUACGCCACCCAGUGGUUGCAUUACGCACAGACGUUGAUCCAGACUCGGAAAAUACAGCGUGUAGCCGUCGUGCUGCUUGGAAACGAGCAGUGCAACAAUGAAUGGAUUCAGCCAUACCUGAAAAGAAACGGAGGAUUUGUAAAUCUACUCUUCGUUACAUAUGACUAUGCGUUGGUAAAUGAAGAAGAUAUUUUCCAGUGGCCUUUAGGAGUAGCUACCUACAGAAACUUUCCAGUUGUAGAGCCCAGCUGGUCAAUGCUGCGUGAUCCAAGACCCUAUCUGUGUAAUUUCUUAGGAACAGUUUAUAAGAACUCUUCAAGGGAAACCCUACUAGAAAUUCUGAAGCAGGAUGAAUUUAACAAACUUUGCUGGAUUGCAGCCAGAGAACAGUGGCAGCCUCAAGAAACAAAUGAAAGUUUCAAGAACUAUCAAGAUGCCUUGCUGCAGAGUGACUUGACAUUGUGCCCAGUGGGAGUAAAUACAGAGUGCUAUAGAAUUUAUGAAGCUUGCUCAUCUGGAUCCCUGCCUGUUGUAGAAGACGUAAUGACGCCGGGUGACUGCGGGAAUUCAUCAGUGCGCCACAGCGCUCCGUUACAACUACUAAAAACCAUGGGGGCUCCAUUUAUCUUUGUUAAAAACUGGAAGGAGCUUCCUGCUGUUCUAGAGAAGGAGAAAAAAAUGAGUUUACAAGAAAAGACUGACAGGAGAAAAAAGCUUAUAGAAUGGUAUCAAAACUUCAGAGCAUCGAUGAGACUCAAAUUCAUUAAUACUCUGGAAAAUUCAUUUUUGUCCGGUGAUAAGGGAUAAAUUGUUUGUCCCUUUUGAAAAUCUGGAAUAGAUUGAAAGUUUCAUGUCUGUUAACCUUCCAGGGAAGCUUUUAUUCAAAAGAAAUCUCAGAGGGCAGAUGCAUUCCUUUUGGAGUCAACAGAAUCGCACUAGCUUGGCGAAGACACACCUUUGGCACUCCAUCCUUAACAAUUUUCAGAGAGGCUGUUGACUUGGAAGGAUGGUGGUCUGUAAGGAUGACAAUUUUAGUGCUAUGUUUUCGAUUUCCAUGUUGGAUUGUGUCCUGAUGAUUGUUUUUAUUUAUUUUUUUUUCUUUGUAGGAGGAUGUCUUUGAGCAUGUGAACUUGUUUAGAGUCUAACAUGAGCACAACAGCUGUGUUUGAGGGAAAGAGAAUAAUGAAAGCUGGAUGGUACACAGAGUAAUUUAUUAUGUGGAUGAAAAAAAGAAGUAUGCUUAUAGCAAAGGUUUAGCACAGUUGUUAAGAUACAUCCUGGUAAGUGCUUGUUCUGAAAAUGUGAACUGUUAACAUGAUUGCUCUUUCAUUUCCAAGGAAGUGGUCAUAAAGCUAACUAAAAACUGUGGAAUAAAAGCGUGUAUUUCAGGGUAAAAACUGAGAGCUCUGUCUUAAGAGAUCUUUCAUAGCAGUGUAUUUCCCCUUAAAUCUCAGAUACCAAAAUUUCUUUCCUCCAGUUCCAUUAAGUCUUGGGACAUAUAUUUCUGAAGUUCUUCCGUGGGAGCAUUUGUUACCUGCAGCUGCAGAUUCUGAACACCAGACCUUAAACAUGAGUCUGCUUGUAGCUUAUCUGAUUUCUCAAAAUCUGCUGAAGUUUGUCAGCUCCAAAGGAUGGCAGAAGUAUAGUGUUGUGUGUUUGUAACACUACAUGUACCACAAGCAGUUGUGAUGGUUUUCAUCAAAUGUAGCCAAGAGGCCCUGUUACUGUUGUGGGUGAGAAACCAGGCUGUGCUGUUACCUUUGUGUUCAGCUGAGCAGUGUUGCUGCAGAGCUGGGGUUUCUGUUUGGAGUAUCAGCAUGCCAUGUGGGUUCAUUCUCUUGGAGGAAUCA